AUGUUGUCCUCCUUACUCCUACCCCUCAUCCUCCCUUUUCUUGCUCUCGGGAGCCCCGUUCUCGAUGCACAGGAUGAACGACAGCAGCCCUUAAUAAAAACGGAUAUACGACCUCUUGUCUUAUGGCACGGUCUAGGUGACUCCCAUUCUUCACCAGGAAUGGUACAGUUUCAGGACCUCAUCAAGGAGGUUCACCCUGGAAUCUUCACACAUUCCAUCUACAUCGACCCGGACCUCCAGGAGGACAGACGCGCAGGUUUCUAUGGGAACGUGGACGAACAGGUAGAGCUAGUAGCCGCCCAACUGGCAAAUAUCACGGAGCUGAGUGGUGGGUUUGACGCUAUUGGGUUCUCACAAGGCGGCCAGUUUCUUCGGGCCUAUGUCGAGCGCUACAAUGACCCCCCAAUCCGCAAUCUCAUCACAUUCGGCUCUCAGCAUAUGGGCAUCUCAGACAUUCCAGCAUGCCGUCCGUAUGAUCUUCUGUGUCAACUAGCGAGAGGUGCGGCGAGGGGAGGCGUCUACACGGAGUGGGCGCAGGAACAUCUAGUCCAGGCCCAAUACUACCGCGACCCAGACCAACUCCCUCUCUACCUCACCUCCAACCUCUUCCUCACCUCCAUUAACAACGAACACGCCGACCCGGCGCUGCGCAACGCGACGUACGCGAAACAGCUCGCGGGGCUCGAGAAGCUCGUGCUUGUGAUAUUCGCGAGGGAUAAGACGGUGGUACCGAAGGAGAGCGCCUGGUUCGGGUCGUAUGCGCCUUUGGAUGAGGAGGAUUCUUCUACGUCUACAGCCUCCUCGCGUGGACGAGUCGCGAAUUGGGAGAAAGUCGAAGAGGCUAUCUCGCGAGAAUUGAACGUGGAUGAGGAUGAAGAUGAGAGGAUGAAAGUCAUGGUUGAGGAUAGGACGAUCAUACCGAUGCGUGCGCAGCCGCUGUAUACCGAGGACUGGAUCGGCCUGCGGGAGUUGGACGAGAGGGGUGCGGUGGAUUUGUUGAGUUGCGAUGGGGAGCAUAUGCAGUUGGCGAAGGAGUGUUGGGAGCCGAUCGUUAAGAAGUAUGUUGGGUCGGCGAUCUGAUGCAUUGAUGUGCGAGGCCAGACAUGGUUGGACGAGGCGGGGGUUUGCGUAGCUGCCUGUCUGUGGGUGUUUUUUGUUGUAUUCUACAUACGUGGUUAUUUCUGGGAUGUUCCUCAUUGUAUCAUAUGUGCACCUAAUGGAAUUGAUCAAUCCGCUUUACUGUUCUCCGC